UCGUAUGACCUGUUCAUGUAAUAUUAAUUUUAAAAACAACUAAGUUAUUUUGUAGUAAUAGUAAUUAUAAUAUAUAAUGUAUGUAUUGGUGUUGACCGUAGUCCGGAAUAUUCAUUUAAAAAUAGCUAGGUCAAAUUUUAGGGCGUUGUCCGAAUAAAAACUAGUAUCGAUAGGAGGUCGUAUAAGACCGUUGGCGGAAUAAAACUGGGCGUUGUCCGAAUAAAAACUAGUAUCGAUAGGAGGUCGUAUAAGACCGUUGGCGGAAUAAAACUGAUAUUAAUAAGAGGACAAAUUAAGGGCGUUGGCUGGUUUAAUGAACAUUGCUAUGAAUAUUCCACAUUUCAAAGUAUCUAUGGUAGUGGAAACAUUACAGUAUAUAAGGCUAGCGUAUUAACAGCAAUAUUACAGUCAACAUUCAGCAACUAGAACUUCUUCAUCAUCUAUAACAAUUCAGCUUCAAGAUGUCUUACAGAACUUCGAUCAUCGAUUCCGGAUCAGAGAACGAAUUUGAGUCCCUGGACACAAAAAAGCCUUCUACUUCAAAGCAGGCCAAAACAUCGUUAAAAAGAGGGGCUGAAAAAACAGUAGACAAAAAAAAACAAAAAAAAACAGAUGAAAACAAGUUCAUCAUACAGAGAAAUUCUCGAAGAGAAAUUGCGGGCGGAAGAAUUUGAUGAAGAGAUUUUUAAUUCUGUCACUUUUCGUCAGGGAGAUGGUUUGGCUACCAUCAAAAGCCAAUUUAAUCCAGACGAAAAGCCGACGGAUUAUUGGACGAUAACACAUUACAAGUGUGCGAAUAUACACAACGUCCCAACAAAGGAAAGGUGGCGACACUCUGAGGCAUCUGUCAAGGUGACGACAUCGGACAAGUCAAAAGAUCAGACUCUCAAUACAAGUUUAAACGAGACCAUGCAGGUUAUAUUUGAUGUAAUUUUGAAAGACCCGGAACGUCGUACAAUAAGAAAUAAAUUAGCCGCAUGAAAAAAAAAAAAAUGUAGUAUAAAAA